AUGGCAGGUAGUCGGACCAACAAGACGAAGCUGUCGGCGAAGGACAUGGAGCACCAUCGCGCGUACAUGAAGAAGUACAGGGCGCAGUCGGGUGACGCGCACAAGGACAAGCUGCUGUACAAGGACCACUACGAGCUGCUCAACGUGCCGCGCGGUGCUUCCCACACAGAAAUCCGCAGGGCGUAUCGCCAGCUCGCCCUCAAGUGCCAUCCAGAUAGGAAGCCGUCGGCCGAAGCGCUGGCGCGGUGGGAGGGCGUACCAGCGGCGUACGCGGUGCUGUCGAACCCGAACGACCGGACCGAGUACGACGCCACGUUGCCGACGCGAGACGCCCUCGUGGAGUUCUAUUGCACCUACAACCCGGCAAAGCUGGACAACUCGACGAUCCAGACCAUCAUCGACAGCUGGCACGGCCGCGAGGUGGAGCUGUUUGAGAUGCUCAAUGCGAAAUACGAAGUGGCGCCGCACCAAGGCACGUCGAAGGGCACGCAACGUGCUGCUGCGAAUUCGGUCUCGCGUGACAAGGCACGCAAGAUCGCGAUGGACAGUCAGACGUGCAAGGUGAAGGAAGCGGAGGACACGGAGAUCAAGCGGGUAGGCACGGUUGGAUCUGCUUUUUGCUGCAAGGGCAUGCUCUCGCGCUUGCUUCGUACCACCUACUAUGAAGUGGAUACAACGAGCCCGGGCUUCAUGGCAGCCCACGGCGAAUCGGAUACGCCUGGUCAGGCCGUGUCGCUGAACUUGGAGUCCCCUGUGACGCCGCUGGGAACGCUAUCGCCUGCAAGCCCGGUCUUUGGGCCACCUGUCGACACAGACAACUUGUCGUCUGUGACGACUGCAGACGGCUCGCCACCAAGCGUUGACGGUGACUAUUGCACAAGAAUAACGGAGGAGUACCGCAUGUCACCGCUCGGCCCACGAGCAGCUCCGUCGAGAAUUGCGACUACCCGCUAA